AUGGUGCAGGCCAUUCCCACAUCGACCACACCCACUAAUUAUGUUUUCAUGCAUCAAAACUCGACCGUGCCCUCUACAAAAGAUAAAGGCCGAAAAUUCGACGCUGUCAACAAAGCACCCUCCAAAACAAAUUUGUACUCUGUAGUAAACGAGAAAAAAGUGACCAACGGUGUGUCUGUUGUUAAAAAUGCCACAAACGGACUGAAAAACUUGACGACAUAUUCAUUUGCGCAACCGAACAGUUUUCCACAGCCAACUAGUAUUCCACCAAUCGAUACAAUGUCGGAAGCAUGGCCAAAUCCAAUGGGAUCGAUCGAUAACGAAAUGGAGGACAUCGGAAGUCCAACUUCAAUGCAACCGAUUGCGAACGAGAUGAACGAUGAAGAAAAAAUACCUGGUAUAGCUGAUAUUUCCGACAUGGAGCGUAUUCCGUUAGACUUUCAAGAAGAGGAGCCAUGGGAAAGGAGUCAAGCUACUGCCAGUCACGUGACUCACAGUCACACCACGCACGGUCUUGAUGGUUCUGGUGUUGGCCAUGCUGCGCGUAGGCAUGUUGUUCCUGCUCCGCGUAGACGCAGGAUGAAGUUAGAUGUUAAGGACUGGAAUAAAGUGACUGGUGCAUAUGUGAGAAGGAGGGAGCAUCAUACUCAGAGAGGUCAGCUGAGAAUCUGGAGUACUACGCCUAAAGCUGGUCGGUUGGGAAGGAAAGGCAAGUUAAAGUUCGAGAAUGAAAUUCUCCCAAUCCACAAGGUUAGAAAAUUCACGAUGAACAAAACCUGUCCUCCCUGUUCGUUUGUGAAAACGAGGAAGUCGAAAAAGAAAAUGUCAAUUCCACCUCCCAAACCUAUCGAUCCAAUCCAGCCAUUGCUUGAAAAAUUUGAAAAAGAGAAAGAAGUCAGUGAUAUUAAAGAACACACAGUGGACAUUGAAAAAGUUCAACCGAAUGAAGCAAUUGAUAAACAUCUGAAAACUUUGGAAAAUCAGCCAGACAUCACAUCAAUUUCUGAACAUCUUUCAAAGGAACAAAUUCAAGAUAUCGUGCCGAUAGAAAAUCAUCAACUAGAACUCAAAACAAACUAA